ACACAGAAUCCAGAACAUAGUCUAGAUUUAUAGCCCACUGUUGCUUGUAGCAUAAUUUUGUUGAUUAGGUGCGAAGGUGGCGAAAGCAUGGAUAGUAUUAGAGAUAAAUUGAGGCUUUCAUUUUUAGCAGUAAUUUUAGUUUCCCAUAUUAUUUAUAAUCCCACAAAUAGCGGUGCUGUUACGUUAACACAACAAACAAUAGAUCUGACUCUAGCCUCUAAUGAACUAGUCAUUAUUAAUUUCUAUGUCAACUGGUCUAGGAUUAACUAUAUGCUCUACGAUGAGGCUGCAGAUAAAGUUACUGAAAUCUUCCCAGAUGCUGGAAAAGUAGUCAUGGCCAAAGUGGAUUGUGAUAAAGAAAGUGCAAUCGCUAUUCGGUUCCGUUUGACCAAGUAUCCAACCUUUAAAGUGAUAAGGAAUGGGCAUCCAGACAAAGGGGAGUUCAAAGGGCAGAUAUCUGUAGAGGGUUUCGUCAGUUUCGUUAAAAAACAGUUGGAGGAUCCAAUUAAGGAGUUCCAUUCCAUCAAAGAGCUUAGUAAGCUGGAAUCAUCCAAGCGAAUUAUCAUUGGUUAUUUUGAUCGCAGAGAUCAACACGAGUACAAUAUGUUCAGAAGGGUGGCCGGGAAUUUUAAGGAUGAUUGCCAGUUUCAUGUUGGAUUUGGUAAUGCCUCAGAGCAGAUGCAUUCGCCUGGGCAACCCGUCAUCGUUUAUAAGCCUGACAAGAAUGACAUCAAUGCUGAUGAUGACACUUACAUGGGAAAAAUGGAUAAUUUCGAUGAGAUGCACGGAUGGAUUUUGAAUAAAUGCGUUCCUGCAGUUAGGGAAAUCACUUUUGAAAACGCCGAAGAUAUUACCGUGGAAGGUCUUCCAUUUUUUAUCCUCUACCAUAAAUCCGAUGAUAAUGAGAGCAUCAAGAAGUACAAUGAAGUAGUUCAAAGCGAGUUACUUUCCGAGAGGCAAAAUAUUAAUUUUUUGACUGCCGAUGGAAAAACAUUCGCUCACACGCUUCGCCAUGUGGGUAAAGGUGAAAGCGAUCUUCCGUUGAUCGCCAUCGACAGCUUCAAGCACAUAUAUCUGUUCCCAAAUUUCAAAGACAUUGAUGAUCCCGGAAAGUUGAAGCAGUUCAUCCAAGAUCUGUACUCCGGGAAGCUGCACAGGGAGUUCCACUACGGUCCCGACUUGGACGACGCUAAUAAAAAUGUCAAGGCUUUAACAACUCCUCCGUUCAAUAAUAAAAACAAGAAUGUAGCACCCUCCAAAAUAUUAUUUUUA